AGGAACUAAAUGAUGUAACACAUGGAAAGUUCCGGAGCAGCUUAAGGUCGACCGAUAGCAGUGUGUCUAUCAGCCACCAAAACUCACAAGAAAGCUACUAAUAUUUUAACAAAAUGCCGAGAGGAAGCAGAAGCCGGACAUCCAGGGUGGCUCCUCCAGCCAGCCGGGCACCACCACCUAUGGCACCACCUCCUCCCCGUUAUGCCCCGGCUCCAAUGCAGGCCCCUCCGUCUGCUAUGGCUGCUCCAGCUGCGGCAGCACCCAGGCAACCAGGUAUGUUUGCCCAGAUGGCAACUACAGCAGCUGGAGUGGCGGUGGGCUCUGCGGUAGGACACACCAUUGGCCACGCGAUGACCGGAGGGUUCAGCGGAGGGAGUUCAGAGCCUGCCAAGCCUGACGUCACAUACCAGGAGCCGUACCAGGGCCAACAGUACCAGGGUCAGCCGUACCAGGGUCAGCCCAUGUACCAGCAGCCACAGUCCAUGUACCAGCAGGAGGCUCCUCAGCAGCAGGCCUGCUCCUACGAGCUCAAACAGUUUGUUGAGUGUGCCCAGAACCAGAGCGACUUAAAACUCUGCGAGGGCUUCAGUGAGGUGCUCAAACAGUGCAAAUUCUCUAAUGGUAUGUCUUGAGACGGAGACAGAAGAGUGGAGGCUGAAGAGCGCACACAGACUGCAGUUAGGAGCCAUACUGGAUAUUAGUAGAGAUCAAUGAACAUGCUUUAUUUUAACAGUUGAUUAUCAUCAGAAGGCAUCGGUGCAUUCAUUUCUCAGGAAAUACUGCAGAACUUGUAAUAAUAGUCUUAUAAAUAAUGUUUCUUUGGUGUUGCAUGCUUUGAGUUGAUUUCUUGUUCUUGUUUUUCAUUAGUUUCUGUGCUUUAAUUUAAACUUCUUUCUGUAUUAUAUCACAUGAACAACUGCAGUGUUAGAACAUGGUGAGCCACCAGUUUCAAGACCUCCACACCGUUUGCUUGUAACAAGUAAAUGAUUAAAACUAUUAAAGCACUUGGAUUAUAAAUAAAGACAAAAAAAAAUAAAA